UUGGCCAGGCUCCAAAGUUCAUUACUUCUUCUGUUCAGGGUCUGGCCUUUUAACUAUCCAUCUUAGUUAGAGUUGCAUAUGUUCAGGGAAAACUAGCACAUGCUUUGCAAAUGCAUAAAAGAUCGACUGACACUAGAAUUUAUUAAUUUGUAAUUAGGAAUAUAACUUAUAAUUAGGAAUAUAAAAUGUGAAGCAGCCCAAAUAUUCAUUCUUAACAUUUACAAACUGCUUUCUCUUUCCAGUAGGAAAAUCUACUUAAGGAACUGAAUUAAGAUUUAAAAAGUCAUUUGGUGGGUAUACAGAAUGAGAUCAGAAGAGGGUGAAGGUCUGAAAGGGAUGAUUCACUCAAGCUUGCUUGGUAUGAUGAGUCACAUUUCUCCACUAUAAGGAUGUAUCUGCUAAAGUGGCCAGAUUCGCUUCUCAGCCCAUCUCCCUUGGAAACCAAAUUUCUAUGCAGACCUCAGACUUUCCUGUCCUUGAUCCCAGCUGGACUGCUCAAGAGGAAAUGGCCCUUCUGGAAGCUGUGAUGGACUGUGGCUUUGGAAACUGGCAGGAUGUGGCCAAUCAGAUGUGCACCAAGACCAAGGAAGAGUGUGAGAAACACUACAUGAAACAUUUCAUCAACAACCCUCUUUUUGCUUCUACCCUGCUCAACCUCAAGCAAGCAGAGGAGGCGAAAACUGCUGACACAGCCAUUCCAUUCCAGUCUACAGAUGAUCCUCCAAGGCCUGCCUUUGAUUCACUGCUUUCCCGGGACAUGGCAGGGUACAUGCCAGCCCGAGCAGACUUCAUUGAGGAGUUUGACAAUUACGCAGAAUGGGACUUGAGAGACAUUGAUUUUGUUGAGGAUGACUCAGACAUUUUACAUGCCCUGAAGAUCGCUGUGGUAGAUAUCUAUCACUCCAGGUUAAAAGAGAGGCAGAGGCGGAAAAAGAUCAUACGAGACCAUGGCUUAAUCAACCUUAAAAAAUUUCAGUUGAUGGAGCGGCGUUAUCCCAAAGAGGUCCAAGAUCUUUAUGAGACGAUGCGGAGGUUUGCAAGGAUCGUGGGACCAGUUGAGCAUGACAAAUUCAUUGAAAGCUAUGCAUUAGAAUUUGAGCUUCGAAGGGAAAUCAAGCGGCUUCAGGAGUACAGGACAGCUGGAAUCACCAAUUUUUGUAGUGCCAGAGCCUAUGAUCACCUCAAGAAGACCCGGGAGGAGGAGCGCCUGAAGCGCACCAUGUUGUCGGAGGUCCUUCAGUACAUUCAAGACAGCAGCGCCUGCCAACAGUGGCUCCGUCGGCAAGCUGACAUUGAUUCAGGCUUGAGUCCUUCAGUUCCAGUGGCUUCAAAUUCAGGUGAUACAGCCCAUUUGCCAACCAAGAAGAAUGUCCCUUGCCAGAAACCCAAGGGUAGACGGAGUGCACCUCCUUUGAAUCUCACUGGCCUUCCGGGUACUGAGAAGCUAAAUGAGAAGGAAAAAGAGCUCUGUCAGAUGGUGAGGUUGGUCCCUGGAGCCUAUUUAGAAUACAAAUCAGCUCUAGUGAACGAGUGCAACAAACAGGGGAGCUUGAGACUGGCACAGGCUAGAGCUCUCAUCAAGAUAGACGUGAACAAGACCCGGAAAAUCUAUGACUUCCUCAUUCGAGAAGGGUACAUCACCAAAGCGUGAGGCCUGGAGGGCCUGGGACCAGAACUCACGUGCUGGGAAUGUGGUUGAUGGAAGGACAACCCAGGGAAUUCCAGCGAGUUUUGUUUGGGGACUUGGGCACUUUGUCAGUUUUGUAUCAAAGUGUCUACUUUCUCUCCCCCACCCUGCUUUAGAAGGCUCCCAUCGUCAUCAUCAGUGUUGUGCUACAGAGUUGUGUGGCAGCCAAGCUGUUACUUAACGUGAGUGGGCAUCCAUCCCUCAUGCCUCUUGGUGACUAAAAUGAGAAUCACAGGACCUCGCAUCUCAGUGCUGGUCAAAAUAGCACCAAACCAUGGGCCCACGGGCCCAGUGGCCCAGGUUAUUUGCCUGGUAGCUGAGACAUGGGAUUUUUGAAUACCCUACAGGGAGAGAAGGUAGUACCUUGAAGACAAGGAAAUGUUUUUAGAGAUCAGGAAGAAGCUUGUUUCUUUUUUUAAGCCAACAAUUGGAAGCUCCCUUGCUCCUGGUGAGAGGGGGCAACCAGUUUCCCUGUGUCGUCUUGUCUCCAACUGUGUCUUCAACUGACUGGGUUUAGCUUGGUACUUACUGCAGUCCAGCUAGCUCCCUCAUCAGUCUGUGGUAGAGUGUGGCACCCAUCGGAUGGAAGCUGUCUCUGUUCUUUUUAGAACUAAUGGAUUAAAAUGUUUUGCUAUUUAA